AUGUAUGUGGCACCAAGUACUUCUCUUUGUAUGUCCAUAUUGGAUCUCCAUAGCAACCCUUUGGCAUGUGCUCAACAAAUUCUUGUAUUUUGUCAUGAUGUUUCUGAAUAUUUAAAACCUAUCAAGCCUGGUAUACCCAAUCCUGAAGUGGAUUAUAAUCUUGUUAUCAGUAUGAUUCAGACACUGCUGAUGAAUGCUAAACUAAAAUUUAUGAAGAGUGGUGAGAGUUCUGGUGUUGCAAUGUGUGAUACAUAUCUCAGUAGAGUGGAUAUAUUGACUAUGAUGUUAUCAUCCAACUACCAAGAUAUUCCUACCAUUGAAGAAAUUACAAAAGCUGAUUCUGCAAG